CAUUCGCAUAAGAAAUUCACGUUGAGGUCUGCGCAAACUAUACAGCCUUGCUUCAGAGCAUAUCCUGUUCCAUUUCCAAAAAGCAAAAAAUUCGAAAGCUUAGACUCAUUUAUUUUUUAGACAAAACUUUAUCAAAUAGUCAGUUUUUACAAUACCUUUACAAUGGACACAAUUCUGGACAACUUCAACUCGGAGAAACUUUUCCCGAAUUCUAACCUGUUGGACCUUGAGGACUUGAAUGAAACAGAUUUUCUCACCAAUGUGCAGCACUUUUCGGAGAACAUGGAGGACUUUGCCAGUGACCUCUUCAGCAGUUUCUUCGAUGAGAACCUGCUGGCAGAGAGGAACCCCUUGCUGGACAUGGAGCUGGACCCACCCAAUCCCGACAUUCAAGCAGAGCACAGCUACUCCCUGAGUGGAGACUCUGCCCCCCAGAGCCCUUCCAUGCCAAUCAAGAUGGAUGAAGGGACAGAGUCCGAAGGUAUGUGGUCCUUCAGCCAGGAUCUGACUGCCAUCCUGGUGAAGCAGGAGCCUAACCCCCUGCCAGAGCCCUCCCCCUCCCCCACCCUAGUGAACGGUGUGCCUCAGCCUCUAAACCUGGCUCCACCGCCACGGAGGAACUCCCCGGAGCACAUGGUUUCCAACGACUUGAACCCAAUACAUUCUAUAAAAGCUGAACCCAAUGAAGUCAACCAGUUCCUCAAUGUCCCAUCAGAUGAGCAACUGCAGCUCCCUCCCACCCCUCCGAGCAGCCACGGCAGCGACAGCGAUGGCUCCCAGAGUCCCCACUCCCUGCCCCCCUCCAGCCCAGCGCGCCUCCAGCCCCGAACCUCUGCUGCCAUUUCCUCCUCGCCCCUGCUCACCGCGCCCCAUAAGCUGCAGGGCACCUCAGGGCCCCUCAUGCUGACGGAGGAGGAGAAACGCACCCUCAUCGCGGAGGGUUACCCCGUGCCCAUUAAGCUGCCCCUCACCAAGACUGAGGAGAAGGCCCUGAAGAGAGUCCGGCGGAAGAUUAAAAACAAGAUCUCCGCCCAAGAGAGCCGCAGGAAGAAGAAGGAGUACGUGGAGUGUCUGGAGAAAAAGGUUGAGUCAUACACGUCUGAAAACAACGAGCUGUGGAAGAAGGUGGAGACCUUGGAGAGCGCUAACAGAUCUCUGCUUCAGCAGCUCCAGAAACUCCAGGCCCUCGUUGCUGGAAAAGUGCCCCGUUCUUGCAAGAUGGUCUCAACCCAAACGGGGACCUGCCUCAUGGUGGUGGCGCUUUGUUUUGUCCUGGUUCUGGGCUCCUUCAUACCCUGUCUGCCUGAGUUCUCCUCUCUGUCCCACACAGUGAAGUCGUCACCCCUGCCCUCGGCCGAUGUCUACACCGCCAGCCAGAUUCGCUCUCGCAGCCUCCUCUUCUACGACGACACUUUUGACCUGUUAGAUGGAGGCUAUGGAGGCUUUCUAAAUGUGGAGGAUGGCAACACCUGGGAGGAGGCACCCCACGACUUCACAGAGGACAGGCCCUCUAAGGAGGCCCAAGGGGAGCACGAAACUGCCAAGUACCUGAGUAAGGCCCACGCGGACAUGAUGGACUACAACAGUACAGGUGCCAAGCUCCUCCAAGAAAAAGAGCAGUAUCACAAAAGAGAGGCGACCCCUGGUGGUGGCGCAGAAUAUUUCUAGGAUGUUUGUACAGAGCUGCAGCCAGACGGCAGCAUUCCACACUCACCUGACCCUGGCGGAGGUCUCUGGCACCAGGGCGCCCCCCCUGCAGAAUGCCAUAAACCCCCUGGCACCUCUUCCCCAUCACCAAGAUGCCAAUCCAGAGAAAAAGACAGAGGGAGAAAGAGGCAUCACCACACACACACACACACACACACACACACACACACACACAAUUCAGAUAGAACUUACGCACUUGCAGCAACGUGAAAGAGAAGAGAGAGCUGAUUUUGGAGCACAGACUCAUGGGUCUUCUGUGGAAGUAAAUGUGCCUGCCCACACUCUAUGAGUGGGUGUGUGUGGGGGCAGUGUUCUGUGCUAAAGAGGUGCUUGAAAAGCCUGCUAUCAUGUGGUUUGACAACACUGAAUAUAUACCAGGUAGACGAGCAGGACAAGACAAGGGCACUUUACGUGAAGAAGGAACAAAUCCCUAUGAUCUUAGGAAGGGGGUAAUAACAUUAUCAGCCAAAUAAUGUUACUAAUGUAACUAGACCAUUUCGAUUCUGAACACAAUUGCAUUUCCUUUUUCUGAAUUCUCAGUUUACAAUAA